AGUGUGGGCAGAAAAUUUGUUGCGGUUUGUGCGUUUGUUUCGUCCCUUUGCGCAGUUUAACCGUUUAAACAUUAGUCGUUCGGUGGUUUGGUUAGUUGUUCGGGAAUUCAUAAAAAACGUCAAUGCAGCGCAAAAAAAAAAAAAAAAAAAAGUUUAAACGCUUGAAAUUAACCCGAAUCACAUUCAGACGGUACGCGAAUUUCAAAAGAUGAAGUUUCGCGCUCGCAUCGUGGACAUAGUCUCUCUCCAGCAGUUUACAAAGAUCGUUCACACUAUUUCCAAGUUAGCAAAAGUCGCAGCCGUGCGUAUUACAUUGGACGCGGUCUUUUUUAUCGUCAACGAAGACGCUGUCAGCGGCGGUGGGUUCUUGUGGGCCGAGGUUCCCCAGGAGACGAUUUUCCAAGAAUUCAAUAUGCAGGGUGUCUCAGAAGAGUUCAACGAAAUUUACCUGGAUGUGGUCAUGGAGCACCUUGUAAGAGCACUCAGGUCAUCGGUGGCUGCGAAAUCCCUCAAGAUCAAGCUGACAAAAAAGCAAACUCCCUGUUUGAGCCUGGAGAUCGAACUGCCGUCGCUGGUCUCGGCAAACCGCACUGUUGUCCACGACGUCCCCGUUUCUGUGAUUCCUCGACGUCUCUGGGGCAACUUCGCAGAGCCAGAGGUGGAGGUGGCCGAUAUCAUCACUCACAUGCCAUCUUUGAAGGUGCUCAAAACCAUAGUGGAAAAAAUGAAGAACCUCAACACCUACGUUACCAUCUGCAUCUCGACUGACCGAGAGAUGACCAUGUCAGUUCAGACCGACAUGGUUACAGUUACAACACAUUUCAAAGGACUUCAGUUUCCAGUGCCAGAGUCUCCUGCGGGGCUCAUCAGUGGACAGUACGAGGUCAGACUUGACUUGCGCAGGCUCACACCACUUUUAGUGGGACAGCAACUGAAUCCCAGGCAGGUCACUUGCAAGAUUAUUCACAAGAGACAAUGCCACUUCGUCUUUGAUCAUGACAAUGGAUCGCUACAGUGCUUGUUGCCCUGCGUAUACUCUUAAGGAUGCUAUUGACUGCAGUAAUAUGCUGCACCAAAGUUGAAGAGAUUCACAUGGUGAGCUGGUGGCAGUACAAAACAAGGCAAUUUAUUUGACGGUUGCCUUCUCAAAACCCUUGUGAUCCCAUGUAACACGCUCCUGUGCUUAUCACAGCUGGAAAGAAAUAUCAUGGAAAACCACUGGUGUGCAAGCUGCAAUUUUCAUUGUUAUAGACUGUAACAAGUUGAACGAUUAGAAAAAAAAAAUAAGAAACAAAUAAACGAUGUUAGGGUACUC